CAAUCUACGUCUACAUUUCAACCAAAAUCAAACUGGGAAUUUGGGGAAGAGCCAAAAUCCCUGGACUCCAUGAAAUCACAGUGAUUCGCUCAGAAUCUCCAGAAAAAAGAUCACUACCCAGAAGAGCCCUCCUUCAGAUCCAUCUCAUCAAAAUUUGAGAUGGACGGAAACAAAGACGACGCCUUGAAAUGUUUUAGAAUUGGGAAAGAAGCUUUGGACGGUGGAGAUCGGCCCCGCGCCAUAAAAUUCUUGGCCAAAGCUCGCCGGCUCGAUCCGUCGUUACCGAUCGACGAUCUGUUAUCAUCGGUUGAGACAGACUCCGACCCUCCGCCGCCUUCAGAUGGCGCCAAAACCGCCGACGGGCCUUCCGGGGCGGGUUUGGGUAUGCCUCCGCUCCGUCAAAGGACUAGAGCUACCGGGUCGGGUUCCGGGUCCGGGACCGGGUCGUCUGGGUACACGGAGGAGCAGGUUACGAUUGUGAGGCAAUUGAAGAAGAAGAAGGAUUAUUAUGAGAUAUUGGGGGUGGAGAGGAGUUGUAGUGUUGAAGACGUUCGAAAAGCUUAUAGGAAGCUCUCUUUGAAGGUUCAUCCCGAUAAGAACAAGGCCCCCGGAGCUGAGGAAGCCUUCAAGUUGGUUUCGAAGGCGUUUCAGUGUCUGAGUAAUCAAGAGAGUAGGACGAAGUAUGAUGUUUCGGGCUCGGAUGAGCCGGUUUACGAGAGGAGGCGUGCUCCUAGGCAUGCCGGGAAUGGGUUCUUCUAUGAUGGUGGUGAUGUUGAUGCGGAUGAGAUAUUUAGGAACUUUUUCGGAGGAAUGGCUCCGGCAACUACACAGUUCCGGGGGUUCAGUUUCGGGCAAGGGAUGGGACCGAGGCCUGCUGAGUAUGGUUCGGGUGGGUUCAAUGCUCGGACUCUAAUUCAGUUGCUGCCUGUGCUGCUUAUUUUGCUUCUCAACUUCAUGCCGUCUUCGGAGCCUGUUUACUCACUUUCGAGGUCUUAUCCUUAUGAGUACCGGUUUGCCACGGAAAAGGGUGUGAAUUUUUAUGUCAAGUCAACCAAGUUUGAGCAAGAUUACCCGUCAGGUAGCUUGGACCGUGCCAGACUUGAUCAGCAGGUUGAGAGAGAUUAUUUCAGUGUUCUAUCACAGAAUUGCCGGCUAGAAUUGCAGCGUCGCCAGUGGGGAUUUGUACGCGAAACACCACAUUGUGACAUGUUGAAGCAGUUUGAGGCGGCGACUUGAUGUCUUGAACUGAAGAUUGCUCAUUGGGUGCCAGUCGUUCUGUCUAUUCUUGUUGCCUAAUGCAGAAGCAGAAGAGAUGAAGGAUAAUAGCUGCAAAUUUUUGUGUAUUUACUUGGUAUAUCUGGACAGCGUCUGCAGCCUCCACAAGUUUUCUGUUCUUUAGUCCGAUAUAAGCACAAUGACCGUAAAAUUGUCUCAGAUUCAACUUAUGAUGAGCUAGUAUUAAAGCUUUGCAAUCGUUAAUGUUGCAUAUAUAACUUGUUCAAUACACACUCUUUCAUAUAUGUGUGUGGAUCUAGGUAUUUUUGUCGCACUGUUCGAUAGUACCAUUCAAUUCUUUGAUCAAUGUUAUAAUAAUUUUAGAA